AUGCCGAAAUCGGUAUUUAGUAUGAUGUUCGCAAGAAGUCUGUUCGGAUCUCAUUUUCUACUGUAUCUCAGUUCUCAUUUUUUAGAAGACACUGAAGAAGCUCAGCGGUCCAUCGACGGCCAACCUCUGUAUGUGAGUAAUGCCAACGCUGAAAGAUACUUCAUACGAGUUUCCUGA